AGCUGUAAGCUGUAAGCUGUAAGAAAUAGAACUAAUCUUGAAAAGCUCUUGGCGAGCUUCUCUUUCCCUCUAUCUCUCUCCUGUUCCUCGGGAGUAUGGGACAGUUCCAAUUUCAGCAGCUCAUUCCACUGAAACCUUCCUCUUCUUCAUGCAAAUUCAUACCCUUUCAGGUGGCCAUGUCCUAUCCUCUCUCCCACUCUCCUUUCAAUCCCCUCCCGAAGUUCCCCUCCGGUGAUCGUCUCCCCUUUCCGCAUAGACUCGCCGGACCCAAAACUUCACUCCUUUUUUGCACCAGGCCAUGUCGUUUCUUCUGCAAGAUGAACGACUCAGAUAUGAUAUCACAGCUGGAACUUCGAAAGCCGGAGGAGAAGCAUAAGCCAGAGAAGCACGUGAACGGGAUAUUUUGGAUUCUACUCCUUAAUAUUGGGAUGUAUGUGGCAGAUCACUUGUUUCAGGUUCGGGGAAUCAGAGCCUUGUAUUUGUACCACAAUUGGCCUGCUUGGUACCAGUUUGUUACUUCAACUUUCUGUCAUGCUAAUUGGAACCAUCUCUCCAGCAACUUAUUCUUCUUGUAUAUUUUUGGAAAGCUUGUUGAGGAGGAGGAAGGAAGCUUUGCAUUGUGGCUUUCUUACAUCUUGACAGGGGCUGGAGCAAACCUUGUUUCCUGGCUUAUUCUCCCAAGAAAUGCAGUUUCAGUUGGAGCAUCUGGUGCUGUGUUUGGACUAUUUGCAAUUAGUGUCCUUGUGAAGGUAAUUGAAAUUGAACAUCGUCCACACUUCAUUUGGAACUCAAUACAAGCGAACUUAGCCUCUUGGUGCUUACUGUAGAUGUCUUGGGACUGGAGGAAGAUCCUUGAAGUACUUAUACUGGGUCAAUUUGUCAUCGAGAGGGUAAUGGAAGCAGCCCAAGCUUCGACAGGGUUGUCAGGCAGUGUCCGUGGAGGCUAUGCCUUACAGAAUGUCAAUCACAUAGCACAUCUCUCUGGUGCUAUUGUUGGUGUAGCUCUGGUAUGGCUUCUUAGCAAAGUUCCUUCUCAACUUCUGGAUCAAGAUGUACCAAGUAUUCAGAGAAAAGCAGACAAAAAUUGAUAGCAGCACCUUGAUUUGUCUGUUUAUUAGAUCGACUUCUAGAGAAGGAUUUAUUUUCAUAGCUUUCUCUGCAUAAUGUUACAUUCUUUCAGCCUCAAAUGCUGUAAAUAGACUGGAUGUGGAAUUGGUAUAGUCUGGGUUUUUGAUAACCCUUCGUUUAAUUUUAAUUUUGAACCCAUGACAAAUAACAGAAGUUCUGGAAUUUACGCGGAAAAGGUGAAGAAAAUAUCAGAUAGUAGCAUCUGUU